GUCAUCGCACUGCCAGAAAUAAGGAGAGUGUCUACACCAACGGUUUGGCAGACCAAACCAAGGAGGCGAACAACCCCAACAGUGACAUUCUUUUUAGCUACGAAUACUUUUGAUUUUGAAACGAUUUUGACUCCUUCCAAAGAAGCGUUGCGGUGAAAUCCCGACCGCGCAGUGUGAUUCUUGGACCGUGCGUAAUCUGGAGAGUUUGUUCGCACGCUGCGUCAGGAUGCGCGUCUGUCCGCUGCUGGUCUUCCUCUGUCUGCUGUGCAAUGGACGCACUCAAAGGUUCUCCGCUCUCACGUUCCUGCGGGUGGAUCAGGAUAAGGAGUGCAACAUGGAAUGCAGCGGGGCUUCUCGCAAGCCCCUGUGCGCCUCCGACGGCAGGACGUUCACAUCUCGCUGCGAGUUCCUCCGAGCCAAGUGCCGUGACCCCCAGCUGGAGGUCAUUCGGGGGCCAUGCAAAGAUACAUCCAGAUGUGUAGCAGAGAAGAAGUACACGGAGCAGCAGGCUAAGAAGCUUUUCCCACAAGUCUUUGUGCCUGUGUGCAACCCUGACGGCACAUAUAGCGAGGUUCAGUGCCACAGCUACACUGGAUACUGUUGGUGCGUCACCCCAAACGGUCGGCCCAUCAGCGGCUCGGCAGUGGCCAAUAAAAAACCUCGAUGCCAAGGUUCAAAACAAGAGAGAGCAACUACACGAGAGCCAGGUAAAGCAGUCUCCUUGCAAAUUUUCUCCAUUCUAAAUGCAGAUGAGACUGGCCUAGUGGUGGAUCCACAGCCUGCAGGUGAUGAAGAAGAUAUCAUUUCCCAGUACCCCACUCUGUGGGAGGAGCAGGUCCGCAGUCGGCAGAACAACAGAACCCGAGCACCAUCCUCAUCAUGUGACGAGGAGCAGGAGGAUGCGAGGCAGCACAAGAACGACGCAGUGUUUGUACCAGACUGUGCCCAGGGAGGACUGUACAAGCCGGUCCAAUGCCACCCUUCCACCGGUUACUGCUGGUGUGUGCUGGUGGACACGGGACGGCCCAUACCUGGGACCUCCACCAGGUGGGAGAGACCUCAGCUAUGGUAUGAACAGCCAAAGUGUGACGGCAAUGCCAGGGCCCACCCAACUAAACCAAAGGACCAUUAUAGAAGCAGACAUCUCCAAGGCUGUCCCGGGGCAAAGAAAACAGAGUUCCUGACAAGUGUUCUUGAUGCGCUGUCGACAGACAUGGUGCACGCCGUCACAGAUCCAGCAUCCGCCGGAAGGGUGGCCGAGCCUGACCCCAGCCACACCCUGGAGGAGAGGGUGGUCCACUGGUAUUUCAGUCAGCUGGACAAAAACUCCAGUGGGGACAUUGGAAAGAAGGAGAUCAAGCCUUUCAAACGCUUCCUGCGCAAGAAAUCUAAGCCAAAGAAGUGUGUGAAGAAGUUUGUGGAGUACUGCGACAUCAGCAACGACAAGGCGCUGUCUCUGCAGGAGCUGAUGGGUUGCCUCGGGGUGACCAAAGAAGAGGUGUCUAAACCAGGAGAGGGUUUAUCUUCCAGUAAACUAAAUCCCUCAAGGAAGCAGGGGUAAACCACCAUCUGAGAUUCCCCCUCCUGCAUGGAGAAUCCGCCCUCAACAAUCGGCAAAAACGGAAACCAUAGUAUUUGCACUUUGUACUUUAAAAAGAAAAAAUGUAAAUUCACUUUGUAGAAAUAAGGUAUUUAAACAGACUGCUGAAUCUGUGAAUGAUGUAGUUAGCUUUUUAUGUUCAGACAAACAUUAUUUAACACAUACAAUGUAUGUGUCCUUUGUGUGUCUAAAAAAUAUACUUUUCAAAGUUUUACAAGUUUUCAAUGCGGCUUUUUCUGCUUUUUCUGACCCUUCCCCCCUGUUAUUUUCUCCUCCAUGUUGAUGAUGGUAAAGCGGAUAUAUGGUUCGCCCCAUAAUAUUAUAGUUUGCUACAAUAACUUAGACCAUACCAUCACCCAUGUAUUGAUCUAUAGCAUUUCUUCUUGCGCUUGUACAGCAGUUCACAAGAAUGUUUUAAACAUGCAGCAUAAAAACGUCCUACAUGUUCACAUGUAUACAUAACCAUGUUUAUUAGAAAUAAAUACCUCUUUUAUACA